AAUUUCUCUAAUGUCUAGAUGUAUAAUCACGUUAGAAAUGAAGAGGAAUCAAAAAGGACGAUCACUUUUCCACUUCGAGUUAAGAUCGAACGUCACACGCGCGUCACGUUUCUAUGACUACUUCGACUCGAUGACUCAACUCAAUCGAACUAACUUUCGAUCAAAUUUAACAGCUAAUAUCAAUAAGUCUCGAAUUUUACCGGCAUAUACAGGAUGAAUCAGAUGUUAAUAAAGAAAGAAAGAAAGAAAAAAAAGAAGAAGAGAAGUAAUGUAGAAAAAAAGAGAUAAAAAAAUGUUGGAAACAAUUUUUAUAUAAAAAGGGAUACGAUCUAAAUGGAAAUACAAAUACGAUCGAGAAGACUAAGGAAUUGCUUGAUCAGUCUUUAAUGAUAUAUGUCUGAGAGAAGGAAUGGUGGUCGAUUGUAGAGCGAAAUGCAGCUUUUGAAGGAUCGUGACGCGGCUGCGCGUAAAGAGGGCUUACAGGCAAAUACCAGUGUCAGUAUGAUCAGUAGAAAGACACAGAGGGCUACGGAGGAGUUACCCUAGAAAGGCAACUUCCUAGCUACCCUCCUGGCCACUUUCUUGGUCACCUUCCCAGUCUACCCUCCUACGGACGAGCCAAAGAAAAUUGCGUUUUCCGCAGAGCGGUCUCGACGCAGUUAAGUACAUAAUUCGAUGAACCCAUUGAGAUCUAGGGCUAACUUUAAAAGAAACAUCUUUGAAGAAGAAGGGUGUAUAUCCUUAUUGGUUAGAACACAACACCUUCCUCAUCAACUUUUACUUGUUAUUUUUGAUUUCAUCAAAAUUGUCGUCGAAUGUUUUGUUUUCAUGUUAGGAGACAGUGAAAGUUAUUGAUUCUCUUACGUUGUGGAAAGGAGCAACCAAAUCGAGAGUUUAUCUAUUCACUCAUAUUUCGAAUAUACAUAUUACUCUUUUGUGUUCCUUAAGGAUCGAAUAGACUUAAAAUAGACAAGAUGAAGGUAGGACUACUGAAAAACUUUUUAUAUUACUUUAGUCUCCGGCAAGGUACCGUGUUAAUUGCUAUAAUACAAUUGGUGAGUAUUAUAAAAAAAAACAUAUUAUAGUAAACUUUAAUGACAAUAAUCAUCUUUUCUCAGUUCAUGUCCGGAUUUAGUAUGAUGUUUUUCGUAUUGGCAUUGGCACACGCUAUGGGGAUUCAAGAAAUGGUGGUGAGAGACACCGAGGAUGCUCUCGAAAGAGAAGCUUUAGAGGAUAUAUCCUCGAAUCAUCUCAAUACUAAAAAAAUGGACAUGGCUCAUCAUAAUGCUACUGAGACCGUUUAUUCCAUGUAUUGUGGACUGGUGAUCACGGUGAUACACUUCAUGACUACGAUCCUUUUGCUUUACGGAGCAUUAACGAACAAUCGUCAUUUUAUGGCACCAUGGAUGAUGGUAAUGAUGACGAUAAUAUCGGCAUUGACCAUAUCCCUGUUCCUGGUUGAACAAGACUGUCCAUUCAUCGCUAUUCUCGGCGGAAAGGCAGACAUUUGCGAACGCGCGAUCGUGUUGUUAUUUGUUAUCACGAGUUCCUACAUAUGGUUCGUCGUAUAUAGUACGUAUAAGAGUCUUGAAAUAAAGAAAGGAUUGAUGCACGAAGUACACAAUGUCAAGAAAUAUGCAUUACCGAUAGCGGAAGGUUCGAAAUCAUUUCAUGUAUCUGCUACCAAGCCCUAUGAGGUUUAAAAGUUUUAUAAAGAAAGAAGAGGAAAAAGAAAAAAGGAAGAAAAGCAAAAAUAAAAAAGAAAAGAAAGCACAUAUGAAAACAUUCACACAAACACACACACACACAAAUACAACGAGAAAAAUCUAAUAGAGGAUCGACCUCGCAUCGAAAUAAAUUAAAAAAAAGGAUAAAAGAAGGAGGAAAAAACAGAUUAAUUAUGAUCAUCAAUGGGUGUUUCGUAUUUUCUCACCCGAUAAAUAUGAGAUUCUUUAAAUGCAUUUUACAAUCAACUUACGGUUUCGAAACAUACGCACAAUUCACUAAUGAUUUUCGAGAAAUCAAAUAGAACAUUUCGAGAGGAUUAUAAAUUGAUAAUGCGUUAUAUUCGUGCUGUAAGAAAUUAUUAACGAUCCUGUAUAAAGAUUUACGAUGUUAAAGGCUUUACAUACAUAUAUAUUAUAUAUUACAUAUAUAUAUAUAUAUAUAUAUAUAUAUAUAUAUAUAUAUAUAUACACACACACACACGAGUGUUGCAUUUUUUCGUACGUAAGGGUCGAUGAAGGAAAAGAAAAAAAAGGACGAAAAAAUUUAGUAUCGUUCUGCAUUCGUGUGUUCGAAUCAUGCUUUGUACAGUUCUUGAAUCUACUCUAUUUCUCUAUCGAUCUGAAAAAUUGUACAUUAGAGGGACGAAUAUGUUGAGAUAAACAAAUAUGUAUCUACAUAUAUGCGUACGCAGGAGGAGUUAAUUUUAUCGCUUGGAUCGUGUAUAUAUAUAUAUGUAUAUAUAUACAUAUGAUCGUGUAUAUAUAUAUAUUUAUAUAUAUGAAAGGAAAAAUAAAAACAACUCAAAACAUACCUACGUACGUACGUUCGUUUUUAAUCAAAGU